AUGAGGUCCCCACUGUCACUCUUCCCGCUCUACAGCCUCCUAAGCCUAUCAAGCGGGCUCACACCCAACGACAACAGUCCACCCCUCAAAAAUGCAAACCAUAUUUUCAACGCAAUUCAAGACUCAAUGCGCCAGUGGGGUUCAUCCCUCCACCACAACGGCGUGUCCUUUUUCCUGGCAACAGUGCCCGCUGGCACACAAUUAUACCACGGAACCUCCAAAUCAAGCCCUGUAAACGGAACAGAGUGGCUAGCGUUUGAGCCGGAACAUGCUAUGGUCUUUGCUAGGCCAAGACGUGGACCUCCACCUGGUGGACCGCCCCCGGGCGACGAUCAAGACGAUCAGGAGAGACCCGAAGGCCGGCAUGGAGAGCUGCGCAGACGGAAGCCUCGUGGGCCCGAUGGGAGACAUACGGAUGCGUGGCCUGAUAAGUUUGGCGAGGAUGAUGCUGGGUAUCUGCAUGCUUAUGCUGCUGCUAAGGAUUUGCGGCUUUUAUAUGUUGAUGGCAUGUCUGCUGCCAAGACUUCGAAGGGGACACUUGAUUCUCAGGAUAUUUUGCUGUUCAAUGGGUCGGUGGGUGACCGGCCUGAUGGUGGCCCUCCUGGAGAAAAUGAACGUGCUCGUUUGGCUUGUGAGAUGGCUGAGAAGGAAUGGGGUGCUCGUAUUGAUGGUCUGCUUCGUAUGGAGGCUGGCUUUGAGAUUAUUCUUUGUGCCUUUGAGCGUGACCUUACUCCUUUGCGUAUUACGCAGGUCAAACCUCAGGAUAAGGAUGAGUUUGGUCCCAAGGGUGGCCACGAACAUGGCGGCAUUGAGGGGCGCAAGCAGGAUAAUGAUGGGAAACGACGUGGACCUGGUGGCCCUCCACGCGGUGGACCUGGCCACGGGCCUAACUCGUCACGAUGGAUGCGUGCUGUUACUGCGCGAUACCAUGGGAUCGGUGGGAAUAGGGUAUCAUUGAACUAUGAUCACUUCGUGACAGCAUUCUCUUACGAUGUUGACCUGUUCCAAGAUGAGUCGGGUCUUCCUCGCCUGGGUCACCUCUCCCGUUCAGAACUGGAAGCUAUCCGGAGGGAUAUCACGGCACUGAUCAUAACCCAUGAUGCAACCGAGAAGUCCGAGGACUGGCAGGUCAUUGCCGAUAUGGUCGUUACUCGGUAUAGCAAGGAUCUAUCGUAUUUUGUAUCCGGCAAGAUCAACUCAAUGGAGGCCCUGCAAGCUGAAAUUGAACGGGUCAUGUCUCCAUACAUUGACUACAGUGACCGGAACGAAGUUGUUGAAGCUCAACGAUGUGCAACCCAAUUCCUACCGCCUCAUUCAUUGGAUUCGGAGCGUCUUGCAGCACACUCUGUGUAUAGUGUUGCACACAGUAUCUGUUCCAAGUUGCUGGAGGCUGGUAAGGAAACUGAUUUUGGAUCUGCUGUGCAGAUUCUUCGUGAUCUUGUAGAUUACCUUGAUUGGACGACUUGGAAAGAGUGUCGUGGAUGUGCGCCGGAUGAACUUUGUGUUGUUCCCAUUUGGCCUAUGGGUACAGUUAAGGAUUAUGAAAGUCCGAGCUGCAAGGACGCUUCAAAUCCUUAUGACCGAGAUGGAGAGAGUUAUUGGGGCGGAAUGCGUCACUGA